UCUUCCAUUCACAACUGGCCUUUCAACAGGAACUAUUUUGCUGAUGUGGUCCCCAGUAAAAAUGAGUUUGACACCCCUGGUCUAUUUUAUUUUAAUUAGGUUUUUGAAUGACAUUCACUAUGAAUCACACCCAUAAUGCAACGCUUCCUCCAGGGCAUCAAAAUAGCUUCCGCCGACUCUGCUUAAAAUUGCAUUAUUUUGACACUUAAAAAAAAAAAGCUACACUAUGUCAAAUUAGUCACACUGCUAAAAUGUGGGUAUUUUUGUUUUAAAAUAUAUUGUUCACCAGACAAGACGGACAGUGGGCAUUAAAAGAAAAACGAUGAAUGAAAAACUGGUUCGUGCCUGUGCGGUGUUUACAUCAGCUGCUUUAGCUGGGGGAGGGCGGGGCGGAGAGGAAAGCAGGGUGUGCUCUGAUAGGCUCCAGGCUUACUGGUACCCUGCUAAGGAUCCAUGGUCGCAGCUCCCGUCAAGCUGGACACAUUGGUACAUUACUGUCUUUCAAAGCAAAAGCCCGUUGUGCUAUUCUGUGGUACAUUUAGGCAAAGCUGAAACAAUACCGCUGCUAAUGACGGCGACUCGACAACAUUAAAAAACGGCUUACAAAAACACAACCAAAAUAUUUUGAGGCGAAUUCUUUGAAAUUUUGACUUCGCCAAAACCGGAAAUCGCUUUAUUUUAGCUGUUGUUACGUUAGCGCUGGGAAAGAUGGAAGGAUGUGAGUAAGUCUCUCUCUCCUCUCCCUCUCGUUCUGUGCUGUUUGUCUUCUUCCUCCUCCCUUUUUCUUCCUCACCGUCGAAGAUGGGGCUUUGUGGAAACUAGCAGCUCUUCGAGUCUUCGCUGGCCUCCUUGUCACCGUCGGAGAAUGAUCCACCGGCAGGUUCUUUUAUCUCAGAAUUUAUACCAGAAUCGGUUCCUGGGUCUGGUGGCCAUGGCGUCUCCAACCCGAAGCAGCCAGACCCGCCAACGCUGUAAAGGUGCAGUUCGUCACAGCUAUGGGCCAGAAAGCUUCACUGUCAACAGUCUGAACCAGGAAGCCUUUAUGCUGGGGCUGCCUCGCUCUACCAGUGACACUGAUCUGGUGUCUCCGGACACUCGCUCUACACUCACCAUCAAUGCCUUCCAAUAUACCAUAGGUCAGUCUGAAGACCUAGUUAUCACAUGGGACAUCAAGGAGGAGGUUGAUGCUGGAGACUGGAUUGGAAUGUAUCUCUUUGAUGAGCCACUGUCUGAGAACUUUCUUGACUACAAAAACCGAGGACUCAGUGGCUCUCACAAAGGUCAGAUAGUUUGGAAAAUCGACUCCGGCGCUCACUUCAGUAACUCUGAGACCCAGGUCUGCUUCAGAUACUACCAUGGUGUUACUGGAGCACUCAGAGCGACAACUCCCACGGUGACCAUCAAGAAGGGCUCAGCACCUGUGUUAAAGCCAGUGGUUAGUCCUGAGGUUAACCAUGGUCUCAGCAACAGGAGACUCAUUAACUUUUCGCUUUCAGACCUCCAGGCAGUGGGACUGAAGAAGGGCAUGUUCUUCAACCCUGACCCUUACCUAAAGCUCUCCAUUCAGCCUGGGAAGCACAGCAUCUUCCCCUCGCUCCCACACCACGGACAGGAGAAACGCUCCAGAGUGGUGUGCAACACAAUAAACCCGCAGUGGAGCACAGAGAGGUUCAGUUUCGUGUCUCUGCCAACCGAUGUCCUGGAGAUCGAGGUAAAGGACAAGUUUGCCAAGAGUCGACCAAUUAUCAAGCGUUUCCUGGGAAAGCUGUCGGUCCCCGUGCAGAGGCUUUUGGAAAAACACGCCAUUGGGGAUCGGGUAGUAAGUUACUCUCUUGGCCGCAGAUUGCCGACAGAUCAUGUCUGCGGGCAGCUGCAGUUCCGCUUUGAGCUGACCUCCUCUAUUCACCCAGAUGAUGAAGAGGUUUCACUGGUCAUAGAGGCGGCAUGUCCAGAGGGAGGAAAUGCAGCAGAUGUCAACCAUGCAGCUAAUGCACCUGAUGACGACACACUGAGUGUAGGACCAGACAUGCCCGACCUCCCCCUGGAUGUUCCACCCACCCCUGACACCACUGCACCACCAGCUUCCACACUUGACAUAACAACGCCUGAGGAGGUCCCACCUGCUCCCCAGAAAGAAGUGACUGUGUCACCAGAGGUACAUCCCGACCUCAGGGUGGAGGAGCAGCACGAGAGCACCAUAAGGGAGCCUGAGUCCACUGAGCCUCAGGUGGAGGAGGAGGAGGGAGCUGCAGCUCAGCAGCACCAGGAGGUGCUGAGCAAUGUGGAAGUAAAACCGGAGGGUGGAGAAACGGCAACGGCAACUCAGGAGGAGAGAGAAGAGGAAGAGCACAGAGAAGAGUGUGCACCGCAGUCUUUGGAGGUGACAGAAGAAGAUGAAGGGUCUGGACAGGAAAGCCAACAAAAACAAGGCUCUGACACUCCUGCGACCACAAAUAAUGGAGCAGCCACUAUUGGGGCUUCUACGGAAGAAACCAGUGCAACCCAAGAGGCUCCAAAGGAUCUAGAGGGAUGUGCGCCUCCGGAGGUGACGGAUGGAGUGGAGAGGAGCAGCACCUGCAACUCCCUCUUUGCAAGCAGUCCUUCACGACGCAAAAACCGGCCCUGUUCCCUUCCGGUUUCCGAGCUGGAGACAGUGAUCGCCUCAUCCUGUGGCGAACCGGAAACACCACGAUCCCACUACAUUCGCAUUCAUCACCUUCUUCAUAGCCUUCCCUCGGCACAAUGCAGACCUCCCAGCCAGGACGAGGAGGUGACAGGGGAGGAAGAUUCUUCAGAUAAGACUCAGGAAACCAAUGGACUGUCACCUACGAUCAAAACCUCAAAAGAUGGCGAGGUGGAAAGACAGGAGGAGGAGGAAGAGGAGGACACAACCCACUCUCCUUCUCAGGUUCCAGAGUGUCCAGGUCCCUGCUGUCGUCGUACUCUUCCACGCAGCCUCUCCAUUGAACGUCUUUCUGAACUUAACCAGCUGCUGGAGGGUGAGGGGGGAGUACAUGAAGCCGUGAGAAGGAUUUCUCCCUCCUGCUUAGAGAGCGAAGAGGGGGAUUCUAGUAACGGAGGAGUUGGAGUAGGUAGAAGAGUUGGUGCACAAAGCACACAAAGACCUCCAGGUGAAAAUGACUGCGAGUUCUGCGACACAUCCUGCUACAGCACCUCCUGCUACAGCACUUCCUGUUACAGUACGUCAUGCUACAGCAACUCAGGCUACGAGGGGCGUGGCCGUUUCUGCAGCCACACGCGCCUCUCCUCCGUGGACAGCAACCGACUGUCCGGGAGCACCAUCUUCUCCUCGCAGGAUGAAGAAGAAGAUGAAGAGAGUGCUUUCGAGUCGGUGCCUGAGGCUGCAGUCCUGCCAGAGGGACAGGAAGAAGGUGGAGCAGGAGGACAGAGGAGGGCAGGGAGGUGGAGGGAGAUAAGGAGGGGAGAGCAGGAAGAGCCAGCUGUGGCAGGGCCCAGUGACAGGAACAGCAAUGGCUCAGACUCUUCCCCUCCUGUUGGCCAACUUCCAGUACUGCGACCCAGCCAUGACCUUAACCAUUUUCCUGCUGCCACUGACCAAGUCUUACCUCCAAACUGGGAAGCUCGCAUUGACAGCCAUGGCCGAGUGUUUUAUGUGGACCAUGUAAACAGGACAACAACAUGGCAGAGACCUAACCACGGCAGCAAGUGCAACCAUGGCAUCCCACGCUCAGGAUCAACCCAGCAAAUGGAGCAACUCAACAGGAGGUACCAGAACAUUCAGAGAACCAUGGCCACAGAAGAGGAAGGAGGGAGUCAGAGAUUAGAGCGCAGUAGCAGCACAGAAACCGAUCCGGACUCUGUACCACCAGGCCCCUCUUCCCCUGUCACUCACCAGAAGAUGAGUAAUCUCUUCCAGUCUCCUGCUGUUAAAUUCAUCACACACCCAGAAUUCUUCACUGUGUUGCACAGUAACUAUGCAGCCUACCGGAUGUUUACCAGCAGCAGUUGUGUCAAACACAUGAUCUUGAAAGUACGCCGUGACGCCAGAAACUUUGAGCGCUACCAGCAUAACAGGGACCUGGUGGUUUUUCUCAACAAGUUUGCCGACAUGCAGCUGGAACUGCCAAGGGGCUGGGAGAUUAAAACUGACCCUCAGGGCAAGUCUUUCUUCGUGGACCACAACAGUCGGGCGACAACCUUCAUUGACCCCCGCAUUCCGCUGCAGAACAGCCGGCUGCCGGGUCACCUUGCACACAAACAACACCUACAGAGACUACGCAGCUACAGCGCAGGGGAGGAAAUGUUUUGGUUGUUGAUCCGGAGAGAACACCUGCUGGAAGGAACUUUUAACCAAGUCAUGGCGUACUCCCGCAAAGAGCUGCAGAGGAACAAGCUCUAUGUCACGUUCCUGGGAGAGGAGGGGUUACCGCAAAAAAAAAAAAAAAGUGUCUUAAUUCGUGUGUGUGUGUGUGUGUGUGACAGGUUCCGUUUCAGUGGCCGUAUCCUCGGCCUGGCUUUGAUUCACCAGUACCUUUUGGAUGCUUUCUUCACGAGACCCUUCUACAAGGCCCUGCUCAGACUACCCACAGAUCUUUCUGACCUGGAGUAUCUGGACGAGGAGUUCCACCAGUCCCUGCAGUGGAUGAAGGACAAUGACAUCACAGACAUUUUGGACCUCACCUUCACCGUUAACGAGGAAGUCUUUGGCCAAGUGACAGAGAGGGAGUUGAAGUCCGGAGGCUCCAAUCUUCAGGUGACCGAGAAGAACAAGAAGGAUUAUAUUGAACGCAUGGCCAAGUGGAGGGUGGAGAGGGGAGUGGUGCAGCAGACGGAGGCGCUGGUCAGAGGCUUUUAUGAGGUUGUUGACUCCAGGCUGGUGUCUGUCUUCGAUGCUCGGGAGCUGGAGUUGGUGAUUGCUGGCACAGUUGAGAUUGAUCUCGGUGACUGGAGGAGCAACACGGAAUACAGAGGAGGUUAUCAUGACGGCCACAUCGUAAUGCGUUGGUUUUGGGCAGCCGUGGAACGAUUCAACAACGAGCAGCGUUUGCGCCUGCUCCAGUUUGUCACGGGAACGUCCAGUGUUCCCUACGAAGGCUUCGCCGCUCUGCGGGGUUCCAACGGCCUGCGGCGCUUCUGCAUCGAGAAGUGGGGCAAGGUCACAUCGCUACCCAGGGCCCAUACCUGCUUUAACCGCCUCGACUUGCCUCCUUACCCUUCAUACACCAUGCUGUAUGAGAAACUGCUCAUUGCUGUGGAGGAAACCAGCACAUUUGGACUGGAGUGAGAGGCACGCUCCGCCUCUCUCCCCCUGGGGAACGCUGGCUGGAUUAAAAUAGAUGAGCUAAUUACACCGUAGAGUUGGCUGGAUCGUACCAGACAAUGGUUUUAGGUCACGGAUGUUUCUAUGUCAAUGUCACGGCGGUGUGCGGUGAAGUCACUCACUUGGUCUCUUGACAGCGAAGCGCACCACGGUCCCACUGAAAAUGUUUUGUUUUCGCCGUUUGGACUGAAUGACGUGACGAGUGUCCUUCAGAAAAUGAAAUGUAUUUAUUAGUAAACAGAGCAGGCAUUAACACACCUUUAUAAAAAAAUAUAUUGCAACAGAUUUAAACAGAUAUAAGAAAUUAAUAUAUGAAACAAUAUAACAACCCCCCACAAGAGAAACACAAGAGAAACUUUUAAUACAAACCUGCAUGAUUAACAUGCAGGUUUGACACCCUGUGAGUUUCUUUGUUAAUUUAACCUUUAUUGAUAUGUGCCAUGGCUGUACAUAUGAACUCUCAGGUAUUUGGCUCUGAUAUAAAUCAUUGUUUAUUUAUACAUACAUAUACAUGACCUAGAAAUGUUGGCUUCAAGGAGUGUUAAAAGAUAUGAUUCAGACGUUAACAGUUGGAACUAGUGAUGGGCAAUACAUUUGACAUGAUUCGAUACCGAUUACUUUUUUGGCGUUUCUUUUCAAUACCGAUAUCGAUACUUUGUCUGGGUUUUUUUUUUCUUCAACUUCAAUAUGUAUUUUUUAUAACAAAUUAGUCAAGAAAUUUCAUUAAUUUUACAAAAUGUAACCUUGCUACCAUUAAGGGACAAAGAUGCCCUUAUCCGAAAAUCAUGAUAAAAUUUUAAUACCUGUUGAUCAACUUCAGUCCUGAUCAGAAAGGCUAGUAAUUAAUUAGUAUCGGAAAUUGAGAGUAAUCGAUACUCAAUCGAUACUCGUAUGAGUAUCGAUAACUCUCAUAAAAUCUACACUCCCAUCACUAGUUGGAACAAUCAUACCCAACAGUUUCUCUCUCCUGGAUUCACCACAGAUCUUAAGAUGUCAAAUAGGUUCAAAUGUUACUUUAUCUGGAUUCACAAGACAAGGUUCCACCUGAGAUAAAGGAACAUUUAGUCGACAGUCGGUGGAUGAACUCGCAACUACUCUACAUGGAUUUUUCGCCACAUCCAAAGGACCUGCACGUGCACUUCUUUGACGAGACAAACGAAAAAAAUUAUGCAACCGUUUCCACCCUCAACUGUGCAUUUAGCCGUUUGCACUGUAUAGUAGUGUUAUAUACAGUGAGUGGUGAGAAUCGGAAUAGAGAAAAUAAUACAUAAACAAAGUACUGGAAAGACCUGACAGUAGGGAUGUCCGAUAAUAUCGAUAUUUUUGGCCUCAUAUUAGCAUAAUUACGUAAUAUCUGUGAGAAUCAUUAUCGGUUUUUUUUCCUCCGAUAAUGAAAACCUGAUAACGAUAUACCUGGGUUCGCCAAAUGUUGUGUGCCCUAAAAAUGGUUUUGGGGAAAAACGGCUGUAUAUGAAAGUGAAAGUCAGUAGAUGGCAGCAUUGCAGCGAAAUGUUGGUGCCAGCAACACAUACAGUGGUUUGUACAGAUAAAUAAAUAAAUAUUACCAGGGUGGGGGGAAAUUGAGAGAGACGCUGCUUUAACCCAUCACUUUAGUGAGCAAUUCUUAAAUUCCUUAACCACCAGGCCACCGACGUCCUGCUAUAUCGUUAUCAGUUAAGAUCGCAAUAAGAAAUGACGUGUUUGGACAAUAUCGGCAUAUUGGAUAUCGGCAAAUAGUUAAUAUCGGACAUCCCUACUUGACAGCAGAAGGUAAUGGUCAGGUUCAGGGUCGGGAGACGCGCUUUCACCGGCUGUGUCUCUGCUCUAUCUAUAACCUAUUGUAGGAUGAAGGUGAUUCAAAAUCAGAAGAGAUUUAAAAAAAAAAAACCUGUGGUGAGAAUCAUAAUGACGGACAAACCAAAGUUAAAGACAUAAAAGAGUCCUUCAACAUUUGUCAAGUAGAUGAAGGAGUAUCUGAUUAUAUAUAGACUUGGCUGCUACUGUAGUUCCCCCAUCCAGAUACUGAAGUACCAACGUGAAUUCAUCAGGAGAGCCCAUGUUUGGACUCCAAAAGGACAGCAAUAUUAUCGACUAACAUUUUACGUCAUGUCCACAAGAUGUUCCUUGUAUCAUGUCAUGUUCCCUUUGUCCAAGUAGCCAAAACAAGGGCUUCUGGGAUUGCUCAUACGGAGACUGCAAGUUCCGUUUUAUGGCUGUGACUUUGUCUGGAUUCUACACGACUGGUGGUGCUAAAAUGUUCACCUCUGGUCCUGCUUGAUUAAAUUGGAGCUUCUUCUUCACAUAUUCCAGUCUUCCACUGAUCAUCACGUCCGUCUUUGUCUGACUUGAGGAUGCUCAGCACAAGGAGCUGGUAC